AUGGCAAGAGUAAUCGAGUGUGACUCCUACACGGGAACGCAUGACAAGAGUAAUCGAUAUCCCCCAACAGUAUCCCCCACAGUAUCCCCAAACAGUAAUCCCCCAACAGUGUCCCCCAACAGUAUCCCCCACCAGAUCCCCAACAGUAUCCCCACCAGUAUCCCCCAACGUAUCCGGUAUCCCCCAACAGUAUCCCCCAACAGUAUCCCCAACAGUAUCCCUCAACAGUAUCCCCCUAUCCCCCAACAGUAUCCCCCACCAGUAUCCCCAACAGAAUCCCCAACAGUAUCCCCCAACAUAUCCCCAACAGCAUCCCUCAACAGUAUCCCCCAACAGUAUCCCUCAACAGUAUCCCCAACAGUAUCCCCCAACAUAUCCCCCAACAGUAUCCCUCAACAGUAUCCCUCAACAGUAUCCCCAACAGUAUCCCCCAACAUAUCCCCCAACAGUAUCCCCAACAGUAUCCCCAACAUAUCCCAACAGCAUCCCUCAACAGUAUCCCCCAACAUAUCCCCCAACAGUAAUCCCCAACAGUAUCCCCACCAAUAUCCCCCACCAGUAUCCCCCAACAUAUCCCCCAACAGCAUCCCUCAACAGUAUCCCCCAACAUAUCCCCCAACAGUAGACUUCCCUCUCUGUAUGCAUGUGUGCACGCGCCUGCCACACAUCCCCGUUUUCUAUUCGAAUCUGAGAGUACACGGAGACUAA